AUGGGGUCAUCUAAACACAAAAAAAAAGACAAGAAGAAACGACAUCACUCAAGCGAUUCGUCGGACGGUGACUUAUCGUCCAAACACAGGAAAAGAAGACAUCCAUCUAGUGAUUUAUCGGAUGUCGAUGUAUCCAAUAAACAUAAGAAACACAAGAAACAUCAUAAGAAAAAAGAAAAGCCUAAGGAUAAACAUGCCAAGUAUCACAGUUCAGAUGACGAUGUUAUUUUUGUACCACCACCUCCAAAAAUAUCUAGAAAUGAGGUUCGAACUCCACCACCUCCAAGUCUUACACCACCUCCUCCUCCUUCUAUAUCAACAGCAUCAGAUAGUUUGUCUAUUGAAGAAACAAAUAAAAUUAGAGCUAAAUUAGGUCUUAAGCCAUUACAGAUGGAUAAUAAAGAAACUACUAAAAGUAGAGAUGAUGGAUUAGAAGUUAUUGCUGGUGAUGAAGGGGAAUUUGUUCAUAAACCAGCUGUAAGCUUAACAGAAAAAAAUAAAAGUGAUAAAAUUAAAGCAAGAAUAGCUGAGAAAAAAGAAAAACGUAUGAUCGAAAACAAAAUAUUAAAUGUUAAAAAGUUAGCAGAUAGUGAUUCAGAAGAAGAUGCUAUUAGUUGGGUGAAAAAAACAAAAACUAUUCAAGAAGAAAUGGAAAAAGCAAAGAAAAAAGCCCAAGAAUUGGAAGAAAUGGACAAUGUGUUUGGUGUUGGUGAUCUCAUAGAAGAGAGUACAAAAAGUGAAAUGAAGAAUUUUUAUUCUAGUAAACAUUUGAAGGGAUUAGAAGUUCAACACUCUAUGGAUGAAUUUGUUGAAGGAAAAGAAGUUAUUUUAACAUUACAAGAUAAAGAUGUAUUAACAGAAGAUGCAGAUGUUUUGGUCAAUGUUAAUAUGGUUGAUAAUGAAUCAUAUAAACUAAAUAUCGAUAGACGAAAGCAACGUCUAAAUUACAGUGGUUAUGACGAGUUAGAAGACAUGGAUAUUGACAAUCCAAGUGUGGUCCUUGGAAAAUAUGAUGAAGAAAUUGAGGGUUUGAAAAAAAAAAGUUUUAAACUUGGUGUAGACGAGUACAAAGUAAAACGAGAUACUAUAAAAGAGAAAUUAAAAAAAAAAUUGAAUCAAGAAACUUUAAAUACAACUCAAUUGAAACUAGCAUCUGAUUAUUAUAAUGAUACUGAAAUGAGUGUUAAAUUUAAAAAAGUUAAGAAAAAAAAAUUAAGAGUGAACCCAUUGAAAGCAGAUAAACUGGAAAAAUCUUUACGGCUUGCAAAUAAUAAUGCCAAAGAAAAUGAUAAUCUUGAUGAUAUUGAUGACACAUUACAUGAUAUACCAAUGGAUGUCUAUAAUAUGAAGAUGGAAAAUGAAGAAGAUGAUGACAUGGGAUUGCAAUUGGCAUUAAAAAAAGCAAGAAAAUUAAAACAGUUAGAAAAAAUGGAAAGAAAAUGUGACUUUGCUGAUACAUUGGUUAAAACUGAAUAUAAUGAUAAUGCAUUAGGUGCAAUUGUGCUAAACUCUACUGCUGAAUUUUGUAGAACUCUUGGAGAUAUACCAACUUACGGUAAAGCUGGGAAUAGAGAAGAAGAAGAAGAUGAAUCACUCAUGGAUUAUGAUAAAAAUAAUAUAAAACAAGAACAUGCAGUUAACUCUGAUGAAUCUAAUGAUGGAUGGAGAGAAGUAGAAAUGGAGAAAAAAUUGAUAGAUCUAAAAACAAUUGAUAGCAAGCCGAUUUUAGAACCAGAACCUGAUUUGGGUAAAGGUGUAGCUGGUGCUUUAAGAUUGGCUAUGAGUAAAGGAUAUAUUGAAAAAGAAGAAAAUGCUCGGCCAUCUGCUUCACGAUUUGCUCAUCUACAAGCUAAAAAUUAUUCUAUUGAAGACAAAACAUUUUUAGCUGAAGAUGAUAAAUUAAGUAGAAGAGACAGAUACAGUGGUCCUACAGUAGAGUUUAGAGAAAAAGACAGUUAUAAACCAAAUAUAAAACUAGAUUACAUUGACGAUGAUGGUCAUUUAUUAAGUGAAAAAGAAGCAUUUAGGUAUUUGUCACAUAAAUUCCACGGCAAGGGUCCUGGCAAAAAUAAAAUAGAGAAACGUAUAAAAAAAGCUGAACAAGAAGCCCUUAUGAAGCAAAUGAGCUCAACUGACACACCUCUUGGUACAUUGAAUAUGUUGCAAUCUAAACAAAAACAAACACAAUCUCCUUAUAUUGUCUUGAGUGGAACUAAGUCAACUCAUCAAAACCAUGGAGGUUCAAUUUCAAAAACAAAAAUUGGCUGAGAUAAAUAAUCAUUUGCAAACAUUUAACAUUUUAUUGGUAAUGUAACAACGGACAAUUAUUGCUUUUAUAAUUUGAUACUGUAAAAUUACAAAACUUAUUAGAUACUAAUUAAAUUAUACACCCUUUAGAUGUUAUCUUAUAAAUUAUA